AUGGACUUGAAGAAGAAACGCGUCGCGAUCAUCGGAGCCGGCCCGAGCGGGCUGACGGCGUGCAAGCACGCGCUGGGCAAGGGCUUCCGGCCGGUGGUCUUCGAGGCCGCUGACGCCGUCGGCGGCGUGUGGACGCGGACGCUGGCCUCCACGAGGCUGCAGACGCCGGCGGCCGCGUUCCGGUUCUCCGACUUCCCCUGGCCGGCGGACGUGAGCGACGACGAGUUCCCGCGCCACGACCAGGUGGCGGCGUACAUGGCCGCGUACGCGCGGCGGUUCGGCGUCCUCGGCUGCAUCAGGUUCGGCAGCAGGGUGCUCGGCGCCGAGUACGCCGGGGCGCCGGAGCAGGAGGUGGCGGCGUGGGAGCGGUGGUCGGGGAACGGCGAGGCGUUCGGCGACGGCACAGGCGAGUGGCACCUCACCGUGAAGCACGGCGAAUCGGAGGAGAUUCAGAAGCACGAGUUCGAUUUCCUGAUCCUCUGCGUUGGGAGGUACGGCGUCGCCAAGCACCCAAAAUUUCCACACGAAGCAGGUCCUGAAGUGUUCCACGGGCAAGUGCUCCACUCCAUGGACUACUCGCGCAUGCCGCACGCGGACGCCGACGAGCUGAUCAGAGGCAAGCGUGUCGUCGUGGUCGGCUCCGGCAAGUCAGGAGUGGAUAUCAUCGCCCAGGUCGCGCAAGUCAACGGUAGCAAGUACCCGUGUACCAUGGUGUACAGACAUGCCAACUGGGCGGUGGAUCCCAAUCUAACGUGGGCUGCUUUCUUCGAGAAGCUGAUGACCAGCCGGCUGGCUGAGCUGAUGGUUCGCAAGCCCGGAGAAGGGCUGGCCCUGAGCCUUCUCGCCACGGUACUCCCUCCCAUAAGGUGGCUGAUAGCCAUGGCGACCGAGGCGUACUACAAGGCGCUCAUGCCGAUGCGGGAGCACGGGAUGGUGCCGGACCACAGCUUCUCGGCGGCGAUGCUGGGCUGGCGGAUCAGCGUGCUUCCCGACAGGUUCUACGACAUGGUGGUCGACGGCGCCAUCGUGCUCAGGAGGUGCGAGUCCUUCGGCUUCCGCGCUGACGGCCUGGUUCUGGACGGCGCAGGCGGCGAGCGCGUCGACGCCGACGUGGUCAUCCUCGCCACCGGCUUCGACGCCGACCGGCUGCUCAGCGGCGUCUUCGUGUCGCCCCAGUUCCGCGAGAUCGUCGUCGGACGGCCUUCCGACACAAUGCUUCCUCUCUACAGGCACUGCUUGCACCCCCGGAUACCGCAGAUGGCUGUGGUCGGUUACGCGGAGAGCGCGGCGAGCAUCUACCCCUACGAGAUGAUGGCCAAGUGGGUGGCGCACCUGCUCGACGGCGCGGUGCGCCUGCCCGGGGUCGCGGCCAUGGAGCAGAGCGUGGCGGAGUGGGAGCGGUGGGGGCGGUGGGCCAGGCGGCAUAGCGGCGAUUUCUUCCUCAAGUCGUGCAUCGCCACUGUCACGACGUGGUACCACGACCAGCUGUGCCGGGACAUGGGGUACAGCCCCAGGAGGAAGAAGGGGGGAGGGCUCCUCGCCGACUGGCUGCAGCCGUACGGGCCCACCGACUACGCCGGCAUCCAGUGAAGAAGAGAUCUCGGGGUGAUCAUCGUCGGCGCUCGCCCGUGUGAUCUUAAUUUCUUCAAACACGCAUUCGGUGUUUAGCGCAAUAAAAUAUAAAGGUCAGUAUCAUCUUAUUGUUUUGCCUGUAUUAUGAAAUUAGACGCGAUAAUGCAGCGAGCAAUCACUGUAUUAAAUAACAAUCUCUUUUUACCUGUUCCUCUAAAAAAAAGAAAAAACUGGUUUUAUUA